AUGAGCAAUGAUGACUCUGCUCGAAUUCUUGCCUGGAUAGGAUUUUUUUUUUUCUUUCUUUUUCUGGAACUUCUGCAUUUCUCUCUGAAUUUUAGAAUCAGCUUGUCAAUUUCAGCUUUAAAGAAAGGCAGCGCCCUCGGCGGCGGCGUGAGAGAGCGACAGGGUCCCGGGUGCCCUGCUGACCCAGGGGUCUCCGGCGCCGAGGGCAGCGAUGAGAUGUCAGAGAAGCAGCAGCCGGUAGACUUGGGUCUCUUGGAGGAAGACAAUGAGUUUGAGGUGUUCCCUGCUGAAGACUGGGCUGGCUUGCAUGAAGAUGAAGAUGCACAUGUCUGGGAGGACAACUGGGAUGAUGACAAUGUCGAGGAUGACUUCUCCAAAUAGUUAGGAGCUGAACUAGAGAAACAUGGUUAUAAGAUGGAGACUUCAUAGCAUCCAGAAGAAGUGUUAAAGUAAUGAAACUUGAACUGUUUACUAAAUUCUGGGACAGAGAACUAAGGAUGGGGCAUCUUACAAAGAAUGUUUAUCUCAUUUUCUGCUUGUUUAUUUUUGUUUUUGUUACAAGAAAAUUAAAUGUUUUGAU